AGUAGACUGUACGUCUUACCACCGUCUGCAUGUAUGCCAAAUGUUUUACACCGGUAAACAGGCCUACUUCUCUCUUCUUGUGUCGUAGUUCAAAACAGCGAGGUAACUACAUUUCCUGUUGUAUUACCAGAAAAAUAAAAAAUAAAUCCAUACAGUAGAUCAGUACUGGCCGGUUUCAGAGGUAGCUUACCUGUACAUAUUAACACACCAGAGAACUGGGUUAGAGAUGAGCUGGCUAUUUGUUGAAUUCAAAGGUUCAUGUGCGACUCCUUACCCAAAGACGAGUGCGAGACGCCAAGUGACACUGCGUGGAAACGGCACGCGACUGGUGCACGAGCAGAGAGCCCAGAGCGACGGUACGCUGGGCCCGCGCGUGCGACAAACGACACGCGACUCGCCGCUGUACGUCGGUGCUGGAUUUUCCAACAUCGAGGAAGCGUUUUGGGGUGGUGUGAGAGAGGAGGAAAAUGCGGUGUGGAGCGUGAGGAUGCGGAAUGGGAAAGCAAAUCCAAUAGAAGUUCCCCUGGUAGGAAGGGAUUGAAACCUGACCAUGUCACGCAGCCUCGUCAUUGAUUCUUCACAGAAGACCAAGCUGUUUGCUCACAACACCAUCCUAUUGUCUCCAGAAGUUACCUUCUACAGCUCUAUGACUGUCUAGACCUGCUGCGGCCUUAUCGUUGCUCCUUGUAUGUCAGGCGCAAUUGUACAACCCGCCCUUUGAAUUUGAGCCUUCAUCUGUCCUCAUCCUGCUGUGGACUUUAAUCGAGAGGCGAAAACGGGCCCAGGCUGAAUCGAGGUGCCCUGCUGUUGCUUAGAUACGCCAACCGAGGACGCUGCCCCCUUCUGGCCCGCGCAGAUUUCGGACAUGUCCGCCAAGGCGCCUAUCUACCUGAAGCGUAGCAGCCGCAAAGGGAAGAAGGAGAGGCUGAGGGACAUCCUGUCCUCGGAUAUGAUCAGCCCCCCGCUGGGGGAUUUCCGCCACACCAUCCACAUCGGCAGCGGCGGCGAGGAGAGCGACUUGUUCGGCGACCUGUCCUUCCUGCAGGGUAAGUUCCACCUACUGCCCGGACAGGGCCAGCCUGGGAGCGAGUGCAGCGAGCCCUUUCAGUUCACACGCACCGCCAGCGUGUGCAGCCAUCCGCCACCCUCAGAGAACUCGCCCCUGCUCAAGAACGCCAUCUCCCUGCCCAUCAUUGGCGGGGUGCAGGCCCUCACGCUGCCCGCCUCAGCCCCUGCUCCCGCCCAGCCCCAGCCCCAGACAUCCUCCCAGGCACCACCUCCCAAACCGCCCAGGCUCCACCUAGAUGACAAGGCUCCACUGCCUACCCAGGAUCCCUCGCUGCCCUCUGCCUCGUCCUCCAUAGCAGCCCCGCUCGCUUCACCCACCUCCUGGGCUUCAGUAAACCAAGACAACGACCUCCAAGACCUCGACAAUCCCUUAGAACAGCCCUACUUAUCCCACACCAGCUCCCUGCUCUCCCUCCACCUAGACCUGGGGCCCUCCAUCCUGGACGACGUGCUCCAGAUUAUGGAUAAGCACAGGGCGAGCAGCCUGAAUAGUUCCUGUGUGCAGGGAGGACUGCAGGAGCUCUUCACUUGAGGACCAGCAUUUCUGUUGUAAAUUCUGAAGUAGCUUUGAGAAACUUUUUUUUUUUUAUAUAUGUAUAUGUAUAUGACUGGAGCUGACCGAACAGACCAUGGUGUAUAAAACCCUCAUUUGCAGAAUGAUGGCUAUGAUCACACUCCAGGCCCUUCAUGCAUGUUACGAGGACCAGGGAGAAGCAACAAUGCAUCUUGGACUAUCCCACGGUAUAGACUUUAUCCGAUGUUCCUCAAUUGUUAAGCUCUUGCUCCUGUUGCUAAUAUUCAAAGAAAGCACCAGUUCCGCUGGGAAGCAGUCCAGUGAAUUUCCACUGUGGGUUUAAGGAAACAGGGGUUCCAGCUCCCUGCCACCACAGCAGAGCUCCUUCCUCAUAAACUAGAGGUUCUGGGCAAGGGAGGAACACAGUGGAACAGAGCGUGACUUCCCUGCCCUUUGAAAUACUACUCUGCGUUGUCUUAGAACUGCAAAGAUAAACCUUCUGUUUUGCUUUCUGCAAAAAUUGUGCGAUAUGUCAUAAGGCACUAAGAAGCUUGGCCCGAGAAAGCAGCCUUUGCUUCCAAGCCUUGUCCAAAUAUUUGCUACCACUCAUGGACACUGGACAUUGAGAGAAAUGGACCCUGGCUCUGUUAAGGUACUCGGUCCUGUCAUACUUGACCUCGCUCUUUGCCAUCAGAAUAUUCCAACACUGAGAACUGAGAGUCAUGUGAUCUGGCAUGAUCUGAUGGUGCUGAUUGGAAUGGCUUAACAAGGCCCAUGCAGGACCCAUGCCUUUAUACUGCAGUAAACACGGUCACAGGGUACUUAGGCUUGCCGGUGUGGGCCUGUAUUACUCUGCUGUGUUUCUAUAUUAAAAUGAAAUGAAGUUCUCAGCGAAGCCAUUCCUCAGUGACUGGCACUUCGUGCGGGCAGAGUCUUUUAAGUGCUUAAGUGGGUUUCCUCAAGUAUCCUGCACCAAUCCAAAAACACAUGGUUUGGCUGAAUUGCACAUAUUGUGUGUGUGUGUUUGUGUGCAUGUGAGUGUGCGCCCUGUGAUGGACUGAAAUUCCAUCCAAGGAAAGGACGGACAGCCAGCCUUGUGCCUUGUACUUCUUGGGACAGUCUAAGUAUGACCCUGAAAUGGAUUAUAUUAGAUUAUAAUAGACAUGACAUAAAAAAGUUAUAUGUAAGAAACUGUAAUUGAGAAACAUGAUUCCCGUAGACAGUUUAUACAUAAUACACAUUGCAAGUACCGGUAAGUGCAGAACUUUGCUGAAAAUCACCAUGCAAAAAUAAUGCUGCCUGUAUUUUACUCUGGAAAGUAUGUAGCAUAUUAACUAGAACAGUGUGGUGAUGAAAUAGCUUUACUGUGUACAACAGAGAAACAACACAGAGAAACAAUGUAAUAUUUUCAAUGGGAAUGAACGAUGUGUGGUAGAAUUCUUGUGUUUAAUGUUCUUGAGAAUUUCAAGUUAAAUCGAACAGCAAGUCUAGAGAACGGGGUCAGAAGUGUCCCGCGUUUCUUCACAAUGUGAUAUUUUGAGAAUUUUGUGAAUGUAAAAGAGAGCGAUUGGAAUUUCUUUGUUUCAAGGCUUCAUGAUAUAAAACAAUAUUCUACUGCAUUAUUAAUUACAGGGCACCAGUAUAACCAGUUUAGCUACUGGACUAACAUGUCCCUUAACUCAGUCAUCCACGUGGAUGCGUAACAGUCGUAGCAGGAGAGAGUCAUGAAUGUCCUUGAUGAAUGUCUGACUGUAAGAAGCGGAGUCUUUCUAUUUGUCAUUGUCACUAUGAAUGCUACUGUAAAGCUUUGCGACAGUGUGGAUGUAAAUGUAAAAUGCUGGUUGAUAUAUAUUGUAAUUCCAUUGAUGUACAUGUCACAUGACCAAGAUUGCUUGCCUGCGUUUACUUACGUACUUAAAUGUGAUCCUAAGCAUUAGGAUUCCAAAAAUCUGACAUUUGAAGUGGUAGAUAGAAGAGAACACAGCUAAAUGUGACUUAGGCUAGCAGGGAGGAUGGUAGCACUUAGCAGAUAACUGACUUCCUCCGAGACCCAACCUUCCAGGUCCCUUACCUUGCUUAUGCUAAACACCCAGAAGGCUGAUUGUCGAGCCAAACGUCCUGGUCAUCAUGUGAUGGAUCAACGCAUGCUGGAAACAUGGCAGGUCAACUCUUAUAAAGCUAAAACACAGAUACAGCUAAAACAAAAGUGAGUCCAGCUCCACAUAAACAGUCUUUGUUUGUUUCAUUUUUAGUUCUUUGUUUUUGAGAAGUUGGGUUUUCAGAAGCCUGAAGCAAGUGAAAACUUUGCAUUUCGUAUAAGCUUGAUUUUGUUUGGUUUUGCAAAGCCUUGCUACUGGAAUAAUGUCAUAAAAUGUAGUGACCGUUACUGACUUGUGGGACUGAAUGGCAGUUUUAACACAGUUUAAUGUAAACAGUCGGCCGUUUUGUCCCUCAGCUGUAGGCUGUUUUCUAACAAGCUGCAAACUUGGUCAGAACAAUGUGUUGAGCCUUAGCUAUAAAUGGUGAUUGUAAUAAAACACUUUCCUUUGUCCAUUAAAAAA